AUGGCUAUCCAUCAACGGGGAACGGAGGCCUUGUCAGUCGAGAAAGAUCGCAAAGAUCUGGAUCUCACCGAGCAGGCCGAAAUAGUUCCUAAUGAGUAUCUCCACCUGUACCCUUUACUGGUAGACAAGGCUCCGGAAGAUCUCAAGAAGAUCGAGAAGAAGCUCCUCUUCAAGCUCGACUACAUCUUUUUGCCGGUCGUCACACUGAUGCUGUUGAUGGGAUAUCUUGAUCGAAUCAAUGUCGCCAAUGCUCGCUUGGCAGGCAUGCAGGAUGACCUACACAUGUCUGACACGAUGUGGUCGGCGGGAAUCUCGCUCUUCUAUGUCGGAUACAUCAUUUCACAGCUUCCGGCCACUGUUUAUCUCGCCAAGGGCUUACCACGGAACCAGAUGCCUUGCUAUGUCCUCGCCUGGUCAGCUGUCACUGCCUGCAUGGCUGCUAUGAGCUCCGGCUGGUCUUUCUUGCUCUGCCGAUUCCUCGUUGGAGUCGCAGAAGGACCAUUCCUCCCCAUGGUUAGUUUGAUGACAUCUUCGUGGUAUACGAAAGAAGAAGCGCCCCUGAGAAUGGCUAUCUGGCAUGCCGGCAACAUCGCCUCCAAUAUCUUCUCUGGUCUUCUGGCUGCUGGCAUCCUUCACAACAUGGAGGGUGUCGCCAAUCUCCGCAGCUGGCAGUGGUUUGUCAUCUUGGAAGGCAUAAUUGGUAUCUUCGUCGGUAUUGUAGCAUUCUGGUGUCUACCCAAUUUUCCACACAAUACUCCUACCAGCUUUUUGACCCCUGAGGAGUCCGAGAUGGCACAACAUCGUAUGCUGGUGUCUUUUGGUGGCCGGUCGGAAGAUGACGAGGGCGGUGCCUGGGAGGGUGUAGUCCUUGCCUGCAAAGACCCAUUUACCUGGAUCUUCGCGGUGUUGCAUUUCGGAUUGAUUGUCGCCCUUUCUUUCAAAGAUUUCUUCCCAUCGAUCGUCAAGACACUGGGCUAUUCCAAUCUCAUGACUUAUCUUAUACAAGCACCACCGUACCUCUUUGCGUACAUUGCCACCGUGCUCAUCUCUUGGUCGUCUGGAAGAUUUGGCGAGCACUGCUGGCACAUCAUAGGGAGUACAAUUGGUUGUAUGGUCGGCGUGAUCAUCAUGAUUUCGACCCUCAAUCCCGGUGCUCGCUAUUUCGGCAUGUUCCUCAUGUGCUCCGGCCCUUUUGUCGGCUUGAAUAUUCACAUUCCCUGGGAGACCACCAAUGUCGCACGACCCCGUACCAAGCGAGGCGCGUUGGUCGCCAUCACCAAUUGCAUAGCUUCGGUGUCUCACUGGUUCACACCUUAUCUCUUUCUGCGCUCUCAAGAGCCUCGCUACACCAACGGUGGUAUUUUGAUUCUCGCUGGCUGCAUUACUGGCAUUAUAGGGUGCCUGGUUUGCAGUUGGUAUGUCCGACGUCUGAACAAGAAAUUGGACGAGCACGAGGUUGCGAACAGUUUGCCGAAGGGGUGGCGCUACGUCGAGUAG